AUGAAGUUCGGCGUGACCAUCAAGGACGCACUCCACGAAGAAUGGUCAAAGUACUACGUCGACUAUGCCGGACUCAAGAAGUUUAUCAAGUCGAGACAGGCCAAGAAAACCUGGGACGACAAUGAUGAACAGAUCUUUGUGCGAGAACUAGAUAAGGAACUCCAGAAGGUAGCCAACUUCCAAGAACGAAAGAUCUCCGACUUACACCAGAAGAUCAGUCUGUACGAGGCCGAAGUCAAGGAGCUCAUCGAAUCCAGCUCCGGCCGACGAUCCAAGCCGGCCUCAAACGAGGGCGAGAACGAGGAGCCGCCGACUGAGGAAGACAGGAUCGAGGCCGCUUUAGGCAGUACGAGUGACGACGAUCUGGACGAGGAAGUAGAGGAGCACUAUGCUACCCUAGAGUACGAACUCACCCACAUCAUCGCCGACGUCCAUGACCUGGGUCACUUCUCUCAUCUCAACUACACCGCAUUCAUCAAGAUCGUCAAGAAACACGAUAAAAAGACCGGAUGGGAGUUGCGCAGAGAGUUUAUCCAACACCAUCUCGAAACCCGCCCAUUCUACAAGGAGAACUACGAGGCCCUGGUUGUCCAGCUCUCUCGCUUGUUCAAUCUCGUUCGCACCAGAGGUCAUCCGCCCGUCGGCGACAGUGCAGCCGGCGGCGGUCAAAGCGCCUUUGUAAGACAAACUACCAAGUAUUGGGUACAUCGAGAUAACUUUGUCGCCCUUAAAUUAUUGGUUUUGAAGCACUUGCCUGUGUUGGUUUUCAAUCCCGAUAAAGCAUUUGAACCAUCUGAUUCAGCGAUAUCAUCGAUAUACUAUGACAACGAAGACUUGGAGCUCUACCUGGGCAGACUAGAGAAAACCGAAGGGGCCGAAGCGAUCCGAAUGCGAUGGUAUGGGGACAUGUCAGUGUCCCAGAUCUUUGUUGAACGAAAGACCCACCGGGAAGAUUGGACGGGAGAGAAGUCGGUCAAGGCGCGAUUCAGUAUCAAGGAGGAGCAACUGAAUGACUACCUGGCCGGGAAAAUGACGAUGGACGAGCAUUUUGAAGGGAUUCGAAAGAAGGGGAAGAAGUCGGACAAGGAGGUAGACUCGAUGAUCCGUCUGGCCAGAGAGGUACAGGAGCGAGUCAAACAGAAGAAACUCCAGCCUUGUGUGCGCACCUUCUACAACCGCACCGCGUUCCAACAACCUGGGGAUGCUCGAGUCCGGAUCUCCUUCGACACCGAUCUGACGAUGGUCAGAGAGGACAACUGGGACGGGAAGAUCAGAAGGCCUGACAACAAUUGGCGUCGGACGGAUGCGGGGAUCGAUUUCCCAUUCCCGACGGUCGAGGAGGACGAUAAACACAUCUUCCCAUACGGAGUGCUUGAAGUCAAACUGCAAACUCAACUGGGCCAAGAGCCCCCGGAAUGGGUGAAAGAGCUGGUGUCGGGACCAUUAGUCGAGGCGGUGCCGAAGUUCUCGAAGUUUAUCCAUGGCUGUGCGACGCUGAUGCCCAACCGAGUCUCGCUGGUCCCCUUUUGGCUGCCUCAGAUGGAGAUCGAUAUCAAGAAGAACGAGCCGCUCAAGCUGAUCGACCGGCCCACGACACUCUCCCGCCACGCGUCCGAAGUUAGACCGGCGGGCAACAGACACGGCAAGAGCAAUGCCGACCACCAAGCCCGUCCAUAUACUGAGCCUCUCUCCGAAGACGAGGAAGGGGUGGAGGGCUCGGAGGAUCGCUUGCAGAAGGUCUCGACGAAGGAAACCGAGAGUCAAGUAGCCGGAGUGUCCGCGGAUGAAGCGACGGCGGCCACGGAGAGUCGAGUGGCCGGUGCGCCGCCGGGCUCGCGUGCGAGCGGGUCCGAGGAGGAGGCCAAGACUCUUGCGGCGCCCGGCAGCUCGGCGGAGCAGUUCGAGGGCGCGACGGAGGUGGACCUGGAGGCAAACGACAACCCUUCCGGGACGACGCAGGCCGCGAGCGAGCCGGCGUAUUUCGCCAAGCUGACGCCGGGCAAUCUGCGCAAGAUGCUGAAGGCGAAGGCCAAGAUGCUCAACCAUUCCGAGCGCAUCUUCCGCAACCUCCGCGGUGCCGCUAGUGCGCCCUCCCACUCCUUGCCCUCUAACGAACCCCUCGACGACGACGACGAUGAGGACGACGACAACGACGACCAAAACCCCAAGGUCGUCGGCGCUACCGCCCCCAGAUCCGUGGCUGUUAACGCUAGCACUUCUAACCCUGCCCAGCUGGAAUGGAUCCGCUACUUCAACGCCCCUAAGGGCAAGAAAAUCGCUGUCCCAGUCCGCAUCGAACCCAAAGUUUAUUUCGCGACGGAGCGCACCUUCUUCACGUGGCUGGAGUUCUCGACGAUCCUGAGCGGGAUCUCACUGAGUCUGCUCAACUUCUCGCCGAUCAACGAUCGCACCGGCUUCCAAGUAUCGGUGAUCUUCACGCUCUUAGCGCUGCUCUCGAUCGUGUACUCGUCGACGACCUUCGUCCAACGCGUCCGUCGAAUCCGCGCCCGCGACGCUAGCGGAUACUACGACCCCGUCGGGCCCUCCGUGCUGUGCGCUUGCAUCUUGGUCGCCGUUGCUGCUAAGUACAUCGCCUUCUUCUGUCGCCAUCUGUCCUUCUUCGGCAACUGA